UUGUUGUUGUUGUUAGGCAUAAUAUAGAAGCAUGUCGAGCCGGAGGUCGAGAUCAAGGCAGUCAGGGAGCUCGAGGAUCUCAGAGGACCAGCUCCUUGAUCUUGUUACCAAAUUGCAGCAGCUACUGCCUGAGCUCAGAAACAGUAGACGUGCUGAUAAGCAGGUGCCGGCGGCGAAGGUGUUGCAGGAGACGUGCAACUACAUCCGGAGCUUGCACAGAGAAGUGGACGAUCUGAGCGAGAGGCUCUCGGGCUUGCUCGAAACUACUGACAGUGCUCAAGCUGCACUCAUUAGGAGCUUACUCAACUACAACUAGCCACCUAGCUUUCUUCCUAGUUUCGCCUACCUAGCUACUACUGUACUGCCUUUUUUCUUCUUCUUCUACUACUAUUUCGCACUUCAGUUUUCCUUCCUGUUUCUUGGAUCUACUAGCUACCCGGUUAUUCGACCCUCGAUAUAGAUGUGGGCUAAUGGGGUUUUCCCAUUUUUAUGGCUCUACUACUGCAUUGAUUUUUCCUCUCUAAUCAGUCGAUCUAUGGCCCCAAGUUUGAGAUCAGUACUGAAACUCUGUAGCGCUUGCUUAAUAGCUAGAUCACAAGUGCUCCCUCUUCCCCACCAACCCAUAUGAUGAUGAUGAUCAGCUUCACUUUUUGGCAAGCCUGUGUAUGUUUCAUUUCACAUUACAAUGUAUGUCAUAUAA